AUGGAUAUGAGAUGGAACACAUUUGGAUUUUGUCUAAGAAUUUCUAUUUGCUUGAUCUCUGUGUGGGGAAUCCGAGAUUGUUGGUCUAUUAAUGAUGAAGGAUUGGCUUUGUUAGCGUUUCAAGGGAGAAUAACCUUAGAUCCCUUCAAUGCUUUGGGAAAUUGGAAUCCCAAUGAUAAUGAUCCUUGCAAGUGGGUGGGUGUUCAUUGUGUAAAUGGCAAAGUACAGGGGCUGGAAUUAAAAGGGUUGUCUUUAGGAGGAACAUUAGCUCCUGAGCUUGGCAAACUGAAUCACUUAACUUCUCUUGUAUUAUGCAAGAACAACUUUUCUGGUGUGAUUCCCAAAGAAUUGGGAGAUUUGCCCAAGCUCGAUUUAUUAGAUUUGAGGGAAAAUAAUCUGUCAGGAGACAUCCCAGAACAAAUUGGCAAGUUGUCAUUGUUAAAAAACUUUGUGUGGCAACGUAACUUCAAAGUAUGGAACAAAUCAGAUUCGUUGAUUACUCUACCUAGAGCAACACUGGUUAGAUAUGUCAAUGCCUUUACUUGGCCACUGUUCAAGUUAGGGAAGUCUGCCUCUGAUGGUCAUGAACAGGAUUACUGUGACAUUCUGCCUAAUUACAACGUGCCAAAGACUGCACAAAAUGUACUAGAACUUGUUGGUUCUCGUUCUCCACGUCGUAAAUUACUUCAGACCAGUGGUAAUAACAACCUGGCAGCAGCACCAUUCAGUGACAAACCUACAAUAGAGUUUAGCACUAUUCCCAUUACAUUUAGUAGUGGAGCUUUCCCAGCUGUGCCAGAUACCAAUAAGAACCAAUAUCAAUCACCUGCAAUCUCAGAUCUACCUGAUGCUCCAGAUGAUAAUGCUCCUGAUAAAAAUCAAUCACAUACUUCAGAUGAAAAUCAAACAAGUCAAGAUGUAAAUAAUGCUGCAAAAGUAAUAUGCCCCUGGAAAUCAGGAAUAAGUGGACAGUUGCGUAAAGCAUUCAUAACAGGGGUUCCCAAAUUGAAUAGAGCAGAGUUAGAGACAGCUUGUGAGGAUUUUAGUAACAUUGUUGUGAGUGAGUAUGAAGAAUGUACCAUCUAUAAAGGAACAUUGUCGAAUGGGGUUGAGAUUGCAGUUGUUUCUACUCUAAUUACCUCUUCUCAAGAUUGGUCAAAGCACAUGGAGAUGAAAUACCGCAAUAAGAUUGAUACUUUGUCUCGCAUAAAUCAUAAAAACUUUGUUAAUCUUAUCGGAUUCUGUGAAGAGGAAGAACCAUUCACUAGAAUGCUGGUGUUUGAAUAUGCCCCAAAUGGAAACGUAUUUGAGCAUAUACAUGUUGAAGAUAUGGAAAGUCUUGAUUGGGGUGCAAGGGUAAGGAUUAUCAUGGGUGUUGCCUAUUGCCUUCAAUACAUGCAUCAUGACUUAAAUCCACCUGUGGCUCAAUCCAAGGUUUCUUCAAAGCGAGUAUUUUUAACGGAUGAUUUUGCUGCUAAGGUUGCAGAGGUUACUUUCAAACAAAUUGUGUCAACAAAUGAGACAACUGGUGAUUCAAAGAAAUCUGGCGGGUCAUCUCAAGAAGAUCUUGAAACCAACGUGUAUGACUUUGGAUUAUUAUUACUUGAAAUCAUAUCAGGAAAAGUACUCUACUCUGAAGAAAAUGGCAACCUUUUGGACGGGGCUUCUAAGUACCUCAAUGACCAAACAAGCAUGAAAAACUUGAUCGAUCCCACCCUCAAAUCUUUCAAAGAGAACGAAUUUGGUGCCAUCUGUGAGGUGAUCCAAGAGUGUGUCCAACCUGAUCCAAAGUUAAGACCAAGCAUGAGAGACGUGACUUCCAAAUUAAGGGGACUGCUUGAUGUGUCACCUGAACAAGCAGUUCCAAGACUUUCUCCACUAUGGUGGGCCGAAUUGGAAAUCUUGUCAGUGGAGGCCACUUAA